AGGACCAGGGCGACCUCGUAAAAAUCCAUUACCUUCAAUUCUUCACUCUUCUAAUUCUCCAAAUAACGACGCACCUGGUCGGCAGAGCGAUAAAAAAAAGGAAGACUUUACUUCCCCUCGGAAGAGACCAAAAACUAUGUCUAACGAUAAAGAUUCAUUACCACAAGCUCCUUCCACCAAAGUUACCAGAAUGAUCAAGACACCUCUAGACGAGCUUCGUGAAGCGAAAAUAAAAGAAAAAGAAGCACAACUCGCUCAAGUGGUGGACGAACAUGAUUCCUUGGUCCGAGAAUUAUAUUAUAUGGAAUCAUUCAAUAUGCUAUUGUGUAAUCUCGAUCCGCAGAAAAUAAAACAGGACAACUCCGAGCGUAUGGUUAAGUAUUUGGAAAGUCACAACUUGUGGUCCACCAUAAACGAUCAAGUUGUCAACAGCAUCCAAUCAAAUUCCACGCGGAUGUCCACUCGCCAUUCACUUACCAAACAUCGCGAAUCAAUUGUCAACUUGUUGCAAAAAUCUGUUAACAAUCAAUUUGAUUCAACAUCCCUGGAACCAGGCAACAGUAGCCGCAGUACCCGCAGGUCUUCACGGGUAGAUUCGUCCAAAAAUCGGGGUGCGACUUUGACUAAUGGGAUGUCAUCGUAUUCGCUUCGUCGACGUCAUUCGCAAUUUCCUAGCUUUGAAGAUUACUAUGCAUCUUUUGUAACCUUAGAUGAUGAAGAUAUGACGCCUGCUGAAGAAGAGUUAAGGGCGCAAAAAGAAGCAGAGAUUCAAUACCGUAUAAUGGUAUUGAAAAGCGAGGGGAGACUCAACAGAGUGGAUAAACCUGCACCUGAACCUCAACGCCCAAAGGUUCAUAGAGACUAUCUACUUGAGGCGGUUACGCACCAUGCAAAAUACUUCAAUAAGGGUACUGAAACAAAGUUCCGCACCACACGUCAAAUAAGCAAGGCGGUGUUACAACAUUUCAAUAAAUUAGCAAAUCAAGGGCCGAGGGAAAAGAAGUUGGAGGAAAAACGAAUCAGAAAGUUGGCCAAAACAACGUCAAAUCUUGUCAAACAAAAGUGGAAGACAGUUGAAUCGAUUAUUUUAACAAAGCAUAAGGAGUUACUUCGUGAACAACAAGAGCGUGAAGGGAAACGACACCUAAAUCUUCUUCUAGAACAUUCUACCCACAUGUUGGAGGUUCAACACAAUGAAUUAGUAGGUAUGCAGUCGACGCAUGUUCGUAUUACUGGCGAUGACGAUGAGAAUUACAAUGAGACAGAGAACCUUGAUAUGGAGGAUUCAGAAUCUGAUUUAAAUAUAACCGAAUAUUAUAGUCAAAUAUCGACCUCAUCUACUGAAGUAGAUGAUAUUGACCAAUCUAACGAAGAUGACGAGUCUUCACUAGAUGCACAAGACCUCGAGGAGGAUUCCGAAGAAGAAACUUUGAGAUCGUUAAUAGAAGAAAUAGAAAACUCUGUUAAGGAAAAGCCUAAUAAUACAAUAUCUGAUGAUUUUUCUGAAUAUGAAAACCGAGGAAGCGAAGAACAAAUGAGUUCUAAACAAAAAGAAUCAGAAAUUUCUAAUGCCUUAUCAGAACCUCCUACGGGGACCACGCUAUCUACUGCCAAUGUAAGAACACAAAUCCCGCCAUUGUUACGGGGACAACUGCGUGAAUAUCAACACGUUGGUCUUGAUUGGCUUGCCAGUUUAUAUAACAACGGUUUGAACGGUAUUCUUGCUGAUGAAAUGGGUCUCGGUAAAACUAUUCAGACAAUUGCAUUAUUAGCACAUUUGGCUUAUGAAAAAGGAGAUUGGGGUCCCCACUUAAUUGUAGUACCUACGAGCGUCAUCAUCAAUUGGGAAAUGGAGUUUAAGAAAUGGUGUCCGGGAUUUAUAAUUUUGACAUACUAUGGCAGUCCAAAAGAACGUAGAGAAAAGCGUAUUGGUUGGAUGAGAGAGCAUAGUUUCCACGUUUGCAUUACAUCAUACCAUCUCGUCGUGCUAGAUCAGGUUGUAUUCAAAAAAAAGAAAUGGCAUUAUCUAAUUCUCGAUGAAGCGCAUAAUAUCAAAAAUUUCCAAUCACAACGUUGGAAAACUUUAUUGAAUUUUAAUUCAGAAAGAAGAUUAUUGCUCACUGGUACGCCAUUACAAAACAAUCUUAUGGAAUUAUGGUCUUUAUUGUAUUUCCUGAUGCCGAAUGGGGUUUCAGGGGAUAUGCCUCUUGGCUUUGCUAACCAAAAAGAGUUUCAGGAAUGGUUUUCGCGUCCUGUCGAUAGAAUUAUCGAGAAUAAUGAACAAUUUGAUGAUGAAACUCUCGCUGCGGUUCAAAAAUUGCAUACAGUUUUACGGCCAUAUCUAUUGCGUCGUUUGAAAAUUGAUGUAGAAAAGCAACUUCCGGCAAAACAUCAUCACAUCAUUAAAUGUAGACUUUCUAAACGACAACGUUUUUUGUAUGACGACUUUAUGUCUCGUGCAAAAACCAAAGAAACUCUUCAAUCAGGCAAUUUUCUUAGUAUCAUAAAUUGCCUAAUGCAAUUGCGUAAAGUCUGUAAUCAUCCAGAUUUGUUCGAGGUGCGACCUAUUCGUACGUCGUUUGCUAUGUCCAAAUCAGCGAUUGCAGAUUAUGAAGUCAAGGAAUUUUUGGUCCGUCGAAGAUUAUUGCAAGAUAGUGACGCGUUUAAAAAAUUAAAUCUAGAUUUUAUGAACUUUAUUCCGAGUCAUUUUGAGAAUAAUCUUGAUCGGUUAAUCGCAAAUGAAUGGGAAAUUUUGAAUCCUGAUAAAAAAUUCUUAGAUAAAAUUAUAGAAAAUAGAAAUUUAACCUUUCAAAAGCCCAUGACUUACUGUAGCCUUGCUGAGUUUGGACGUGCGAUGGAGCAUCAUACUCGUCUUAAAACUCGACAGCGAUGGGAUCACUUGCGAUAUAUUAACGGGUUUCGGCUCAGGCGCCGUCCUAUAUAUGGAACAGGCCUUAUAAACUUAUGUCGACGACUAGGCUCAACUAAAUGUGACAUGCUAUUGGCUGAUACUAAGAAUCCUCGUACUUACAUGAAUCGCAUUGAAUCAAUUACGGAUCUUAUUGUGUCCAAUGAACGUAGAUAUAGCAUGAUGGAAGAAGUGAUUAAACAGUAUGCGUUUGUAACUCCUGCUGUGGUUGCGAGAGAUAUGGCUUCGUUGACAUUAGCAGGAUUACCGGAUGAGUUACGCAUGAUGAUUCACGAGCAGGUGCAAGACAUAUAUCAUCCAAUACGCGUUAAGCUUCAGAUUGCCUUUCCUGACAAGCGACUGCUACAAUACGAUUGUGGAAAACUACAAGAGUUGGAUCGGCUGCUUCGAGACCUUAAGGAAAAAGGUCAUCGCGCUCUUAUAUUUACACAAAUGACUCGUGUUCUUGAUAUUUUAGAAAUAUUUUUAAAUAUCCACGGACAUCGUUAUCUUCGGCUUGAUGGUGCUACAAAAAUUGAACAACGACAAAUAUUAACGGAACGUUUUAAUCAUGAUCCAAAGAUAUUAGUCUUUAUACUUUCAACUAGAUCUGGCGGUUUAGGCAUUAAUUUAACUGGAGCAGACACCGUUAUUUUUUAUGAUUCUGAUUGGAAUCCGUGUAUGGAUCGGCAGUGUCAGGACAGGUGUCACCGUAUUGGUCAAACCCGUGAAGUAAACAUAUAUCGAUUUGUCAGUGAAUAUACGAUCGAAGAAAACAUGCUGCAAAAGGCCAAUCAAAAACGAUUACUAGAUAAAAUGGUGAUUACAGAUGGUGAAUUUACAACUGACUAUUUCCAAAAGUUGGAUUGGCGUGAACUUGUUAGCGAUAUAGCACCACAUCGUAUUAGAGAGAUGAAUGAUGAACCAACCUCCGGUGUGGAGCUGGAGCAAUGCCUCGCAGAAGUUGAGGAUGAUACUGAUGUUACUGCGGCUCAGGUUGCAAGGAACGAAAUGGACCUUGACCUUACGGAUUUCGCAGAAGUCGCUGAAACGCCAGUGGAAAGCUCUAACACAGCAGCUGCAGGACAGGCAAGUUCAGUUUCAACUGCACCAUCACCAAACGAGAUAGAUGAGGCGAACGAUGAUAAACCAGAUCAUGUGGAUUAUUACAUGCUUCGAUUCAUGGAACGUGAAUUGGGACUUUAUGUUGGAUUCGGCGG